GAGGCAAUCUGGCAACAGAGCAAAGAACUCACACACUUCUCAACAGCACGAAGGCUGCGCGCGUCCUGCAUUGCAUAGGAACAUUGCGUUUUUAUGUUUAAACAUUGAGUUAUUACGCUUAAACCGUCUCGCCAGCUAAGACAGGUUGUGAAGUUUACAUGGACAAAUCUGUAAGAUUUGUACUCGCGUUACGCCGAACUUUGUCGUUUUGUUGUGGUCAUUGUGGAUUACUGAGAAACGGCACUCGCUGAGCGCGACCUUUGACAUCCAUUUCUGCGGGGAACUCACUGGAUAUUAAGUUGUUAGAUCAAAUCUUUAUUCUGAGGCCUGCUGCUGAAAAUGGGAAGUAAAACUUUGCCGGCCCCAAUCCCGCUACACCCGACCCUACAGCUCGCCAACUACUCCUUCCUGCAGGCGGUCAACACCUUCCCCGCCGCCGUCGACCACCUGCAAGGACUCUAUGGCCUUAGUGCUGUGCAGACGAUGCACAUGAACCACUGGACUUUGGGCUAUCCUCACACGCAGGGACUGCGCUCCACUAUCACAGAGAUGGCAGCGGCGCAGGGCCUCAUGGAUCCCCGAUUCCCCCUCCCUGCCCUACCAUUUGCUGCGCACCUCUUUCAUCCCAAACAAGGGGCGAUAACUCACGUCAUUCCGGCUCUGCACAAAGACAGACCCCGGUUUGACUUUGCAAACCUUGCCAUUGCGGCUACACAAGAGGACCCACCAAAGGCCGGCGAUCUGUCGAAGCUGGCGGCUGGUCUCGGCGGCGCGAUCACAGAGCUGAAUAAACUUUCACCGGACAGAAAGCCCCCGCGCGGCAGGCUCCCGUCCAAGACCAAAAAGGAAUUUAUUUGCAAGUUUUGUGGAAGGCAUUUUACCAAGUCCUACAACUUACUCAUUCACGAGCGCACCCACACAGAUGAGAGACCUUACACCUGCGAUAUCUGCCAUAAGGCCUUUAGGAGACAGGACCAUCUGCGUGAUCACCGAUACAUCCACUCCAAGGAGAAACCUUUCAAAUGUCAGGAGUGUGGAAAGGGAUUUUGUCAGUCGCGGACUUUGGCUGUUCAUAAAACGUUGCAUAUGCAGGAGUCUCCUCACAAAUGCCCCACAUGCGGAAGAACCUUUAAUCAAAGAAGUAACCUGAAAACUCACCUUCUCACCCAUACAGACAUCAAGCCCUACUCCUGUGAGCGCUGCGGAAAGGUGUUUCGGCGCAACUGUGACCUGCGACGGCAUAGUUUGACACAUACACCCCACCGGGACUACUAGCUGCAUGGACUAGAAAGCUAAAACAAACCAAACACGGAACGGACAAACAAACUUGUCAACAGUGACAAGUUCUGCUGUGAAAUGAUUGUGGACAGACCUCACGGGGAGGUCUUGUGACCUAAGGGCAGAAAGCACCCAAAGCAGGGGACAAACUUGCAACCUGCGUUUCGCAGACCUGCGGCAACUCUCUGGACUUUUGUAUAUAGUCUAGUUUUUUUUUUUCUUGUUUGUAUUUUCUUCUUUCGUUUUUUAUUACCUCUGUAUCAUUCAGACGUGUUGCGAAUUGUGUUCAAAUGUGGAAGUUUGUAAACUGCAUUGUAGAAAUAAUAAAAAAAA